CAUACAUAGUAGACACUAGACCACCGCGUUGUCUUUUGCUAGACAAACUACUGAUAGUGAUAGCUAGCGUGUUAUAGCGGGGAUGAACGCAGCACGAUGUGUAUUAAUAGUUUUCCACAAUGCAGCCGCCCGCUCAGUGUCACGAAGAAUAGUGCCACUUCUAGAAGUAGUACAGAAAACGCAUCAGAAGUUCUUGUAGUAUUUCAUCGAUGAGCCCGCCUUCACCAAGCCCGGUUUUACAGCCCGCCUCCUCCUCGUCUGGCAAGAAAACUACUAAUAUGGCGUCCACAAUAAAUAAUCAUACUUCGACUUCGAAGAGCAAGAGUAGGAGGUUCGAGCCAAACCCAAACCCUUUUGCGAGGACUGCUACAACCGCCAGCAAGGCGCCCGCGCCAAUUUUGAAACGGACAGCAGGAAUGCUGUUGAUGCGAGAUGAAAGCAACAACAGCACCGGCGGUGGGGUGGACGUGGGAGACGGAGACGGCGGAGAUGAAGAUGAAGAGCAGGAGCACGACGACGAUAUUGUGAGGAAAAAUCCCCCCUCUCCAUACUGAAAAGGUAUGAUCCUAAAAAUUUGUGAUGCUGAUUUGUGGCCACAAAUCCUGUCUCUCUUGCAAGGGAGCAAAUCAAAAGAAUCCGCCGACUUCUAGAGGCGCUUUAUAAUGCUGUUACGGCUACAUGGCAGGCCUCUGCCAUGCUAAGCACCUACGCCAAAACACCCCCGCAAAGGCUUAGGCUUUGCCUGCAGUGCCGCACUGCAUGAAAGACGUGAUCUGUGUAGGCAAAUGCCGCAUUACAGAUUUCCGUUUUGAUGUUGGGAGGAGGGAUUUUUCCUUUUGAUAGACGAGGCAAGAUCAUUUUUACGGGACGACACCGAGCAGUCCUCGGGUGGGGAGGAUCGAGAUGGUCUUCAACCUCGCGACCAAAAUGACGACGAUAGAACAGGCGACUUUCAGCACGACAGAAUUCCCUCCGGCCGGGGCGGUCGUCCUGGAAAUAAAGAUCGCCAUCUCCAAACGAACGACCGGCAGAAGCUGCGGGAGAAGUUCGCGCUCAAGAUCCAGCAUAUGCACUGCAAAAGUAUCGUACUCGUAGUAAUCGCAGUCAUGCAUUACAAACCUCCAUCCCAAGGUCAAACAGCAUGAGAAAUUCCAUUGGUCAUGCUGAGCUAGUUUGUAUUGCAAUUACUACUAGUACGAUACUUUUGCAGUUCAUGCAGCAGAUCGUGAAGCAAAUCAAGCCAACGGAGGACUACUGGACCGCGUCGUACAACGUGAUCAAGCGAAUCGAAGACUACUGCAACCUAUGCAGAGCAAAAGAACCGUACUAGGUAGAUAAUUUCAUUUUACAAAGUGGCAUGACAAAUUGGCUCAGCAUAUACAGAUGAAAUUUUUUGUAAUGCGGAGUUUUUUACCUGCUUAAGGUUAAGAGCGAGAUUUCAGAUUUGUGAUGCAUGCCUGCAAUAUUACUACGAGUGCGAUAGUACUUGUGCACUGGAUACAACCGGAUUUUUCCGGACAGCCACGUGGAGUGCCGGCCCUUUGGCUCCUACGCCCAGAAGACGGCGCUGGUUGGUUCGGAUGUGGAUUUGGCCUUGGUCUGGAACGAUUUGGACUAUCCACAGGAAAUUUCCCGUACACGACGUAAGUACAAAUGCGGUCUCUGCAUGGCAAAACUUGGCUUCCAUCCUAGUUUAAUAGCAUGACAAGUUUUACAACAUUCCAAAUCGGGGAAAUUUGUGAUGCAUCUUGUACAUGAGAUAUACGGGAAAUUUGUAUUGCAUAUCGACACGAAGGGUCCGGCGGACUGCUACCAGAAGUACUUUGACAGCGACAUCUAUGGAACUGUCAGGAUUGAAAUCGGCAAAGUUGAAAUAAUUUGCCAUGCAUAAAAUGGAGGCCAGUCGAAGCCCAGUUUCCAAGUGGCGCAUGACAGAUUUGGGUAGAAUCUAAAUCCAGUUUGUCAUGCUGUUUGGUUAAGGAGGACGCCUUUUGUCAUGCUACGUGAGCAGCUCAGUUUCUACCCCUCAACAGGCUUACAGUCUGCCUCUCUUGCGUCCUGUGCAAUAGAGACAAUUUCUGCGUUGCAUUUUAUGCAUGACAAACUAUUAAUUUCAACUUUCACGAUUUCGAUCCUGACACCCCCAUAACAUCCACGACAAGGACCGGCAGGUGAAACAGGAGAAAGUGACGCUGCUGAAACGCCUGGCGAAGGACAUUCGGAAAUACAGCGGGUCGUGCAGAAUCGUGGACCAGGUGUGGUUUGCGAAAAUCCCGUUGUUAUCCAAAGUAAAAACGCCCCCACCCUGCAACACAAAUCCCCAAGUUUUGGGAGUUGUGCAUGACAAGUUUCCAUCUGCAGUGUAGUGGUGGUUAGCAAGGGGAGUCGCAUGAGAAAGCCACUUUCUCAUCCUGUUUACAGCAUUUCAAAUGGUAAAACACCACGACUGAAAAUGCGUCUCAUGGAGCUGCGCGUUACACAUGUUCCUGUCAGUGCGCAUUUGCAUGACAACUCUGGGGAGGUGGGGACGUUUUUACACAGGAUAGGUGUUGAAAAUCGAGUUUGACGAGCACCUCGAGGCGGACAUUUCGAUCGGGAAGAGCUCGUCCGGGUCCGCGGACUACCGCAUCGCGGAUAUGCAUUGCGAAAGUCUCGUACUAGUAUGAAUUGCAUUACAAAUUCACUAUAGCAUUACAAGUUAAAUUUGUAAUGCGGAUUUGCCUUGAGAGAAAGAUUUGUCAAUGCAUAAACGCAAUUAGCACGAGUGCGGCAUCUUUUGCAAUGCAUGGUGGACCUGUUGAAACAAAAGGACUGGGUGUUGCGGGGCUUUAUUGUGGUUAAGCACUGGGUGAAGAAGCGGUUGUCCAUUGUCCCGGACAAAACGCCGGCCUUCCACGGCCUGCUCAAUUCCUUCUCCUGGGUGCUGCUGUACUAUCGAAAGGAAAAAUCUCCCCUCCCCAUAUCGAAACGGAAUUUCUGAUGCUGGAUUUGUGUAUGCAAAUCAGCUUUGUAUUGCAGGAAGGCAUUGCGGCCAGAUCCCCAGGCUAGGUAGGGGCUUAUGGGUCUAGUUGUUCAGCAUGGCAAACGGCUCCCCUUUAAGCCAGCCAGCAUGACAAAUCGCUUCCCGAAUGGGGAGGAAGCUUCUGCCCUUGUCGUCUUGCAAGACGCAUGCGAUUUGUGACCCCAAAUCAGCAACACAAAUUUUCGGAAACACAGGUUUUCAAUAUGGGGAGGGGGGAUUUUUCCUUUUGAUAUGUACCUGUUUUUCUGCAUCGAGAAGGACUACAUUCUUUGUUACGAAGAGCUGCAGCAGAACAACAUAUAGAAUGCAAAUAUGUCUGGGUCUGAAAGGAUGCAACUUGUGAUGCUGUCUUUGGAUUCUAAAAAAAUCUCUGUUGCAUGACAAGGGCUAGGGGUCUACUAGUUUGUGCUACAUGGAGAGGGCAUUUCUCAUGCGGAGUAGGCACCAUCGGGAAGCCUUCUAAAUAUCUGUAAUGCUAGGUCAUGCAUUGCAGACGUCAUCAUGGGUGAUGGUCAGUAUGCAUGACAAACCUGGCAACCUUCCAGACCCAGACAUAUUUGCAAUGCAUUCAUCAAGGGAGAGAACAACAAACAAGGCUCGGAUCAUCAUCAUGGCGACCAAGCACUACUACCCGGUGAAGAAACGAGUGAAGUCGAGAAGGAGCGGAAAGAACCGAAAAGGAAAAAGCCACAAGCGAUCGAUCUGCUGGGCGGGUUGAGGAAUCAUGGCGAAGACGAUGAGAGCGCCGAAGAUGGGUCCAUACCGCUAGAGGGGGACGUAACUACAAGUUCCUCCGACGAGGAGGAUGGGGGGGACAAGGAAUUGCUGUCGAAGCUGUGCAAUAAAAGGUCGCAAAUAAAGAAAUCGUCAAAAAAAACCAAACCUUAUCCUGAGUAAAAACGUACUCACACCAGAGUCAGGAUGGGGAUUUUGCAACACAAACCUAGGAGUUUUGUGAGUCACGCAUGACAAGUUGCACUCUGCAGUGUAGUGCAGGUUAGCAAUUGCAGCCGCAUCACAGAUUCAUCUGCUCAUCCUGUUCACAGCAUCACAAAUUCCAAAACACGAUUGGAAAUGGCUCUCAUGGGGAUGCGCAUUACAAGUCUUCCUGUCUUUGCAAAUCUGCAUUACAACUCUGGCGUGGGUACGUUUUUACUCAGGAUAAACCUCUCGCCAAGGUCCAACUGCAAUCCAACGACGCGAAGCGGCGGAAACUCGACGGAAGAAAUUCAUUUGAGGAUAAAAAAACGAAACCGCCCCAGCAGAACAAACUGGCCGAGCACGUUCUGUUCGAGCAAUUUCUCGAGUGGCUCCAGCAACUGCCGACGAACGACGAUCUGAAGCGGGCGUCCUCCUCUCUGCACGGCGAUGUGACGACCAGCGACGACGACGUGAACGCCGCGCCGCUCCGCAAGACCAAGCUCUCCGUAUCAACUGUAAAAAUGUCUGGGUCUGGAAGAUUCUGACACUUGUCAUGCAUGUUUUGCAUGAGCCCUGAUGUCUGUGAUGCAUGCCCUAGCAUCACAGAUUUUUUGAGAGCUUCUUGAUGCCUAUUCCGCAUGACAAAUGCCCGCUCCGCGUAGCAAAAAUUGCAUUCCUUUUGGUACUCAUGCAAUACAGAUUUUUCCUGGAAUCCAAAUGCAGCAUCACAAGUUGCAUUCUUCCAGACCCAGACAUUUUUACAUUUGAUACUCCGUCAGGACUGGACAAAGGUUACCCGUCGUGGAACGGCAGGACUUUGUGGCGGAAGUCUUGUGGAUAGAAGACCCGUUUGAGAAUAUCCUGAGGAAAAACGUCCCGACACCAGAGUCAAGAUGCGAAAUCUGCUAUACAAAUCCACCAGCUUUGGUUGUUUCGCAUGACGAGUGUGUCUUCGUAGUGUGAUCCUGUUUAGCUAGUUCAGAAGCAUUACAGAUACAGGAUACCGCGCUGAUUCUAGCAUCACAAAUUGCCAAAUACGAAUAUAAUUAGAAAAUGCUUCUUUUGGGGCUCCGCAUGAGAAACGUUUUUGGCAUGCGGAUUUGCAUGACAGCUCUGGGGUGGGGACGUUUAUUUUCCUCAGGAUAGAGAACACGAACAAUGCGGCCAGGUCGGUGAGGCGCGCCGGGUGGGAGAUUGUGAGGUAUGAGAUCGACCGGGCAGUGAAGCUGAUCAUCGGAAAAAACUACGACCGGGAAGAUGACGGCGAUAUUAGCGAUGAAGUAAUAUCAAAACAGGCCAACACGACUACAAACGUCGACCUGUUCGACGAGAUCUUCGAGGCGCGGCCCAUCCCGAUUGCGGAGAUUGAGGGAAGGGUAAAGCCCGGAGACAGUUUAUCAAAUGCAAAAGUGUCUGGGUCUGGAAGAUUCUAAACUUGUGAUGCUGUCUCUGGAUUCAAAAAAAUUUGUAUUGCGUGACUAGUAAGGGGAGUAGAUUUUGCGCUCCGCGGAGAUGGCAUUUGUCAUGCGGAAUAGGCAUGAAGAAGCGCUCUAAGAAUCUGUGAUGCUAGGCCAUGCAUUACAGGCAUUAUGGAUUGCAAAAUAUGCAUGACAACUCUUGCAAUCUCCCAGACCCAGACAUUUUUGCAUUUGAUACAGUUCAGCUAUGAGCAAUAAGAUUCCGCAAGCCCCCCCUCCGCCGAAACCGGGCGCAGGCCUGAAUCCUCCAGGGCAUCAUGGAAUGAACAACAGAAACCAACAAAAUUUUAACGCGAACAACCACUACCGACAGUUCACGAGGCCUGGUGCAGCUCCGGCACAAUAUCAAAACCAAAACCCCACCAGCGUGACCUCCUACAACUCCACAACUUCUUCGCACCGACCACAGCUCCGGCCGCUACCGAAACGCGGACAGUUUGUGGCGAACGCUGCUGCUGCGCCGAGUUUUGGGGCGGGUUCGUUUGGAAGUCAUGUGAACAACACGUCGUCCUACGGUCGUGGGGGCAAUAGGAUGAACAACGAGCGGAGGUGGAGGUGAAGACCUCCAUGAGAUGGAAAGGACGAACUGCAAGUUGUAGUUCGUGGUCAUGCAGAGACCAUGCACGACAAAAAUAAAAUCAGCGACAUUUGAAAAUUUUAGUAGUUCGGUCCCGUAUGACGAUUGCUACAGUUUUUAAUUUUCUACUGGAAAAAAAAUAAAAGAUAGAAUGUUCUCAUCGACGUACCACUAGACAAUAGCAAAACCAUGUUUCUACUGAAAUAUGGAACGGAA